GACAUGUUCCUUUGCGAGCCCACUUGUCAAUGUUAUUGAAAUCAACGGCGCACCUACUCUGUUCGCCGUGACCACCGGCUUCAAGAGGAGGCGCACCAGAGUCCAGAGAUAGCCGAGGCACGGCAUGCAAGCAGACUCUGCUGCGCUCGCGGGUUAAGCCCUUCAAAGGCAAUAAAGGAAUCCCCUUCCUCCUGCGCCGCCGCUCCUGCAAUGCAAGCUAGCUAGCUAUCGUGUUCCGAUCCCAAGCUAUCUAGCUACCAUUGGUUUUUUCUCUUCUUGGUGGCGAAUUGCUGCGAUUUGUAAUUACAGGAUACUCUAGUACUAUUACUAGGCGCGUAGAUAGGUAGUAGAGCUUAGAUAGACCGACGAUGAAGCUCCAUUUCUUGGUGAAGCUCUUCUUCGGGCCGGUGCCGGUGUACUUCUCGGCGCUGGCCAUCCUCAUCCUCUUCACCAACGCGCAGUACUUCGGCCUGGUCGGCGUGGGCGUGCCGCACGCCACGAAGCUGGUGUCCUCGACGCCGGUGGUGAGCGUGAUGAAGUACUGCGACAUCUUCCGCGGCGAGUGGGUGCCGGACACGGAGGCGCCCUACUACAACCACAAGACUUGCUACAUGAUCCAGGAGCACCAGAACUGCCUCAAGUACGGCCGGCCGGACCUGGGCUUCCUCAAGUGGCGGUGGAGGCCGUCGGGCUGCGAGCUGCCGCGCUUCGACCCGGUGCAGUUCCUGCAGUUCGCCCGCCACAAGUCGCUGGCAUUCGUGGGGGAUUCCCUGGCUCGCAACCAUAUGCAGUCUCUGCUCUGCCUCCUCUCACAGGUGGCGUAUCCCAAGGACAUGUCGGCGAACCCGACGGACCAGAACAAGGUGUACUACUACAGAGCAUACAACUUCACCAUCAACAUGUUCUGGUCACCGUUCCUGGUCCGGGCGCGGGAGCCCGACCACGACGACCCGGCGCACACGGGCCACUACAGCCUCUACCUCGACGAGCCGGACGACAAGUGGGUGUCCCAGGUGCCCCGCUUCGACUACGUGCUCGUCUCCGCCGCCAACUGGUUCUCCCGCCCUUCCCUCUUCUACGAGAAGCGGCGCCUCGUCGGCUGCAGCUUCUGCAGCCGGCAGUACGGCGUCCCGGACCUGACGCUCUACUACUCCCAGCGCAAGGCGUGGCGCGUGUCCCUGCAGGCCAUCAACGCCCUUCAGGGCAAGGUGAAGGGCCGGGUGAUCGUGCGGAUGCUGUCGCCCAUGUCGCACUUCGAGAACGGGACGUGGGACCAGGGCGGCAACUGCAAGCGCACGGAGCCGCUCCGGAGCAACCAGACGGUCAUGGAAGGCCGCGACCUGCAGUUCUACACGGCGCAGAUGGAGGAGUACCGCGCGGCGGAGAAGACGGCCAAGGCGAAAGGGGUCCGGAUGAUGCUCAUGGACGCCACGGCGGCGAUGCUGAUGCGGCCCGACGGGCACCCGAGCCGGUACGGGCACUGGCCCAACGAGAAGGUGCAGCUCUACAACGACUGCAUCCACUGGUGCCUGCCCGGGCCGAUCGACAUCUGGAACGACCUCCUCUUCCAGAUGAUCCUCGUCUAGCCGUAACCCCGUCGGUAAUGUGGUGCACAGACAUGAUUUGCGUCCAUGUUUUUACGGCAGUUUUGAUAAGGAAUUACAGUACUAUAUUUUUCAUUCCCAUUGCUAGAAGAACUCCCUCUGUCUUGUUCGCCUCUUUUCCUUCCUAAUCCCCUUUCCUUUCCU